AUGUCUGACUCAGUAAUUCUUCGCAGUGUGAAGAAAUUUGGAGAGGACAAUCAUGCUUUUGAGUCAGAUGGAUCAUGUAACAACGAUAAGGAAUCAAGCUUACCAGAUAAGAAGAAAGGCCAGAACACUAAAGUUGGCUUCUUUCAACUGUUUCGAUUUUCUUCAUCGACUGAUAUUUGGCUGAUGUUGGUGGGAACUUUAUGUGCUUCACUCCAUGGAGUCGCCCAGCCAGGCAUGAUUAUUGUUUUUGGUAUACUGACAGACCUUUUUAUUAAUUAUGACAUUGAAAUUCAAGAACUCAAUAUCCCAGGAAAAGCAUGUGUGAAUAACACCAUUGUGUGGAUCAACAGCUCCUUCAACCAAAAUGUUACAAAUGGAACACAGUGUGGGAUAUUGAAUAUCGAGGAAGAGAUGAUCAAGUUUUCUGCCAUCUAUAUUGGAAUUGGUGUCGCUGUAUUUCUGACAGCCUAUAUUCAAAUUUGCUUUUGGGUAGUAGCUGGAGCUCGCCAGGUUCAGAAAAUGAGAAAAGUUUACUUUAGGAGGAUAAUGAAAAUGGAAAUUGGAUGGUUUGACUGUAAUUCUGUGGGAGGGCUGAAUACAAGAUUCUCUGAUGAUGUUGAUAAAAUCAACGAGGCUAUUGCUGAUCAAUUGGCCAUUUUCAUUCAGCGCAUGUCUUCAGCCAUCUGUUGCUUCCUGCUGGGAUUUUACAGGGGUUGGAAACUGACCUUGGUGAUUAUUUCUGUCAGCCCUCUCAUUGGGAUUGGAGCAGGCAUCCUUGGCCUGAGUGUGUCUAAAUUCACAGACCUUGAGUUGAAGGCCUAUGCUAAAGCAGGAUCUAUAGCUGAUGAAGUUAUUUCAUCUAUACGAACAGUGGCUGCUUUUGGUGGUGAACAAAAAGAGGUUAGAAGGUAUGAGAAGAAUCUAGUGUUUGCCCAGACCUGGGGAGUUAGGAAAGGGAUGGUGAUAGGCUUCUUUACAGGGUACAUGUGGUGUCUCAUCUUCUUGUGUUAUGCACUGGCUUUCUGGUAUGGCUCCAAACUUGUCCUGGAUGAAGAGGAAUACACACCAGGAACACUUGUCCAGGUUUUCCUCAGCAUCAUAGUAGGAGCUAUAAAUUUUGGCCAGGCCUCUUCUUGCUUGGAAGCGUUUGCCACUGGACGUGGUGCAGCUGACAGCAUCUUUGAGACAAUAGACAGGAAACCCACCAUUGACUGCAUGUCAGAGGAUGGUUACAAGCUGGAUCGAAUCAAGGGUGAAAUUGAAUUCCACAAUGUGACCUUUUGCUAUCCUUCCAGACCAAAUGUAAAGAUUUUAAAUAACCUCUGCAUGGUCAUUAAACCAGGGGAAAUGACAGCUCUGGUGGGAUCCAGUGGGGCUGGAAAAAGUACAGCACUACAACUCAUUCAGAGAUUUUAUGACGCCUGUGAAGGCAUGGUGACUCUGGAUGGCCAUGACAUCCGCUCUCUUAAUGUCCAGUGGCUGAGGAAUCAGAUUGGAAUAGUGGAGCAGGAGCCAGUUCUGUUCUCUACCACUAUCGCAGAAAACAUCCGGUAUGGCAGGGAAGAGGCCACAAUGGAAGAUAUUGUGCGAGCUGCCAAGGAUGCCAAUGCCUACAACUUCAUCAUGAACCUGCCACAGCAAUUUGACACCCUGGUUGGCGAAGGAGGAAGCCAGAUGAGCGGUGGCCAGAAACAAAGAAUAGCCAUUGCUAGAGCCCUCAUCCGAAAUCCCAAGAUCCUCAUUUUGGACAUGGCCACUUCAGCAUUGGACAAUGAGAGUGAAUCCAUGGUACAAGAAGCACUGAAUAAGAUUCAGCACGGGCACACAAUCAUUUCAGUUGCCCAUCGCCUAUCCACAGUCAGAGCUGCAGAUGUCAUCAUUGGUUUUGAACAUGGCACAGCUGUGGAAAGAGGAACCCAUGAAGAACUGUUGGAAAGGAAAGGCAUCUACUUCACACUAGUGACUUUGCAAAGCCAAGGAGAUCGAACCCUCCGUAAAGAGGAUGGGCAGGAUGCAACCAAAAAUGAUGUGCCCCAGCAGACCUUCAGCAGAGGGGGCUACCAGGAUAGUUUGAGAGCUUCCAUUCGGCAACGCUCCAGGUCUCAGCUUUCUCAGCUGGCACACGAACCUCCAAUGACUGUUGUAGAUCACAAGUCUACUUACAAAGACACAAAGGACAAGGACGUGUUUGUGGAAGAUGAAAUUGACCCUGUUUCAUUCAGAAAGAUUCUGAAAGCCAAUGCUCCAGAAUGGCCCUACAUGCUGGUAGGGGCUCUCAGUGCAGCUGUUAAUGGGGCAGUUACACCUCUCUAUGCCUUAGUAUUCAGCCAGAUUCUUGGGAUUUUUUCAAUUCCUGAUAAAGAAGAACAAAAGUCACAGAUUAAUGAUAUGUGCCUAUUUUUUGUUGUCCUGGGCUGUGUAUCCAUUUUCACCCAAUUUUUGCAGGGGUACACUUUUGCUAAAUCUGGAGAGCUCCUCACAAAAAGGCUACGUACCUGUGGUUUCAGGGCAAUGUUAGGGCAAGACAUUGGCUGGUUCGAUGACCUUAGAAACAAUCCAGGAUCACUGACAACAAGACUUGCUUCAGAUGCUACCCAAGUUCAAGGGGCUGCUGGCUCCCAGAUUGGAACGUUGGUCAGUUCCUUCACUAACAUCACUGUGGCUAUGAUCAUUGCCUUCUUGUUUAGCUGGAAGCUCAGCCUGGUCAUAGUGUGCUUUUUUCCUUUCUUGACUCUAUCGGGAGCCCUACAGACCAGAAUGUUGACCAGUUUUGCCUCUCAAGACAAGCAGGCUCUGGAAAAGGCAGGACAGAUUACCAGUGAAACUUUCACUAAUAUCCGUACAGUUGCUGGGAUUGGAAUGGAGAAGAAAUUUAUUGAAGCAUUUGAGGCUGAGCUGGAGAAGUCAUUCAAGAUAUCCAUUCGAAAAGCAAAUGUCUAUGGAAUGUGCUUUGCCUUUUCUCAAGGCAUAGUAUUUAUGGCCAAUGCAGCUUCCUACAGAUAUGGGGGCUACUUAAUCCCCAAUGAGGGUCUCCAUUUCAGCUAUGUGUUUAGGGUGAUCUCUUCAGUUAUAAUGAGUGCAAAUGCAGUUGGAAAAGCCAUCUCUUACACCCCAAGUUAUGCCAAAGCGAAAAUAGCAGCUGCACGCCUUUUUCAACUGCUGGACCGAACACCCCCAAUUAGUGUGUACAGUGGCAUGGGUGAAAAGUGGGACAACUUCCAGGGGAAGAUUGAGUUUGUUGACUGUAAAUUUACAUACCCUUCGAGACCUGAUAUGCAAGUUCUAAAUGGCCUCUCAGUGUCUGUGAACCCUGGGCAGACACUGGCAUUUGUUGGAAGCAGUGGAUGUGGCAAAAGCACCAGUAUUCAGCUGUUGGAACGUUUCUAUGAUCCUGAUCAAGGGAAGGUGAUGAUAGAUGGUCAUGACAGCAGAAAAGUGAAUGUCCACUUCCUCCGCUCAAACAUUGGAAUUGUGUCUCAGGAACCAGUGUUGUUUGCCUGUAGCAUAAUGGACAACAUCAGAUACGGGGACAACACCAAAGAAAUUCCCAUGGAAAGAGUCAUAGCAGCCGCCAAACAGGCUCAGCUACAUGACUUUGUCAUGUCCUUACCAGAGGUGAGUGCUAAGUCUAAAUAUGAAACUAACGUUGGGACCCAAGGGUCUCAACUCUCACGAGGGGAGAAACAACGCAUUGCUAUUGCUCGGGCCAUUGUACGAGACCCUAAGAUUUUGCUACUAGAUGAAGCCACUUCUGCCCUAGAUACAGAGAGUGAAAUGACAGUGCAGAUUGCUCUGGACAAAGCCAGAGAGGGUCGAACCUGCAUCGUUAUUGCCCAUCGCUUGUCUACCAUCCAGAAUUCGGAUAUCAUUGCAGUCAUGUCACAAGGGGUAGUGAUUGAGAAAGGGACCCAUGAAGAACUGAUGGCCCGGAAAGGAGCCUACUACAAGCUAGUCACCAGUGGAUCCCCUAUCAGCUGA